ACAUUAGACUUCAAGUUGAAGAAAACUUUAGCAGUCGUAUAAAUUUAACAACGGCCGCCUUUAAAUGUAUUUAACGCAGAAGUGGUCUGAUAGGCCUGAGUUGGUUGUUUUGAACGUUUCUAGAAGCAAUGAUAAAUUUGUUUCUGUAAACUAGUCGAUUUAUAAUACGAACAUCCGUCUAUCAAAGGUUAUAUACGAUAGUGCGCAUAUAAGUGUAGCAAAAUAUUUCUUCUCGGCAAGUGCGUGUGUGUGUGUUAAAACAGCCGACAGCUUUUCGUAGGGUUCGCAGCACUUUAAUAAAUUUCACAUGCCAAAUCUAAUUUGCACAAAAAGUACUCGGUUUGUGUGUGUUGAGGUGCAUAAUGUUGGCGAAUGGUUUAUUUGGCGUGUUGGAAAAGCUGAAGGAUGACGACUGGGAAAAUUGUCAAUCCAUCCAGAAGCACAUCAGCGACGGGCCGAUACCAAUUAGCACAGAUCCAUCAUGGCGUAAGGUGCAACAUAUUAGUCUGCUACUUGACGAACUAUCCAGGACAGCUUUCACUGAUUCAAAAGAGUCAGUGAUACUGAGCGUCUCUCAGAGGAAAACUUUAUCACAGACGUUUGACUUUCUUGUCGGUUACAGUAUUCGACCAAAUCUUCUCCCAGCAGUAUGGAGAAGUACUCAGAAAACCCCAGCAAGCGAACCCGUAAGAGCUUUACAGGAACAUCGACGGCUUGUCGGCUCUAUCAAUCUAUUAUUGUACUUUGCUUCUAUACACCAAUUUGGAUCUCUUCUCUACGAAAAACACUUAGCUGACAUUCUGAUUACAAUGUUUCAACUGUGUCACGCUCCUAUUCGAAAAGUAAGCAUCGAAAAUUGUAAAAAGACGAGUCUAGAGGGGCGCGAGCUAUCUAUAUACGUGUGGCUUACACAUGGACUUGAAAUCAAGGACGAAAAUGAAACUAUUACUGUGGAGAGCGUUGUAGCAGAAAUGAAGUCUGAUCGAAUGGGCCUCCUUCCAAAGCUCGAUAAUCUGCUAGCAACGGUAUUUCAACCGGCUAUGAUCAAAUGCCUCCUGGAGAUCUUGUCACAUGCAAAUCCGGCGUGGUUACGUAAGGCGUGCUCAAGCAGACUUUCAAAUGCUCUACUACGCAAGAACGGACUAGCGCACCUGUUGACAGCAGUCAGUGAUUCCUUAGGCGCAGACAUCGCUGAGUGGAAGCGGAUGGAGAAUUUCGCCUUGCUCGUGGCUCGCUGCCCAUCGUUUAUAGAUCAGGAAAGCUAUUUCAUGAAUAUCGGCGACCAGCUGCGUAGUAUUAUGUAUAUUUGCAAGGAUCUAGCCCAAUUUCGUUUAAUUGUGGCUGUGCUGAACUCGCUUUUGGCUUGCAAUUCGAUUUUGGCUAUUGAACACGUUUUCUGCAAGUGCUUCAAGAACUUCGUUGACGUUCUACGUGGACUAGGUGCAGUUUCCUCUGAGGAACUUCGUCAGCAUUUCGAAUUCGUUUCGAACGCACUCGAUCUGCUGCCCCACGAUGCUGUGUUGUUGGAAGCUUUUGCGACACUAAUGCCAGUGUACCUAAAAGUGGCAGCUUUUAGCCACAAGUCGGCUAGCAGUAUGACUCAGCAGGCGACGGAGAUGGUCGCAAAACUUACUGACAAGAUAGAGGAAGGACCACUAAUAGCGAUUGGGAUUUUCGAUCCAAGCGAAAUACGAUUCCAGAUGCACCCACAUGUGAACGCAUCAUUUGCCAAUAACGGGGGUGUGCAGUUGACGACCACCGAUGACGACAAUGUGACAGAUAAUGCGUUUCAACUAAAUGCCAAUACUUAUGUAGAGUUGUUUAUUUCUCUUGGCAAAACCCAGUUUAGACUUAUACCAAGGCUUUUUUUCGUGUUACUUAGUAAGUUUGAUCAGCUCAAGGAGGAUGCUUCCCCAAAGAAGGGCAUAUUUUUCGGAGUUUUCGUAGCGUCCCUCAUCACAGCGUUCGAGCCUCUGGUACAAAAAUCUUUAAAAGCGGAUGUCGAGCUGAUGACCGAAUUCACACUAGUGAACCUUCAGAGGUACUGUUUGACACCCAGCGCGACCAAUGACGACGACAGCCUAACCCUUAUACUUGGUAUGCUCGAAACGUUAACGUCAAAUAGUGAUCAGUUAAGUUUGACUGGUCUUAGUAGACUUAAGCUUGCCUCAAAGUUGCUAAAGGAUAUCUCCGGGCCCCUGACUGACCGGUGUAAUGAUCUUGUUAAAAUUAUCGAUGAACUUGAAGUGGCAGGAAAUGUAAAAAGCUUUAAGGAUCCAGUGCCAUUCCUUUCCUGGAAAUUUGCUCCCAUCGCUACUAAGGCACUAUUAAAUAUAGAGUGGAAUCAAGCGGACAGUUCGGCUCCUGACGAAGACCUUGUUGACUGGAGGGAGCCCACGCUUGAAGAACUGAUAGCAAAAAGGAUACAGAAGAACCAAAAGUCAAACAGGGCUUCCAUCUACGGGACGACUAGCAUCUACCGAAGCGUCAAACAUGAACUACACAGUCCCGAUAUUGCUAUACGGGGUCACGGAUUCAUUCAGCUUCGGAAACUGCUAUCUGCCAGAAACAGCGAAGCAGUCAAAGAUAUUGAUACAAUUGUCAACUUGUGCCGGCAGGGUAUGGAAGAGUCGGAUUCAUACAUCUACUUAGGAGCGGUUCAAUGCUUCGCGCAGUUAGUUGAAUUGGACACAGCUCGGCAGCUUCCUGUACUUAUUGAUGUACUCAGCGGUGUGUCAACUAAGGAUAACCGAAUUCGGGUACUUCUGGCCGAGUGUCUUGCUCGAUGUGUACCGUCAUUUGGCGACAUGAUGUCUGUCUAUUCAAAACGACUCAUUGAGGUUCUUUUCGGGUGUUGCAGUGAUGAAGAGGAGCUGAUACGUGUUUUUGGCUGUUCGCUUUUGGGCGAGGUCAUCGCAAGGCUCUUGAACGUUGAACGAAUAUUUCAUCAAUCGCUUAACAUUAUCGUGGCUCUAAUGACAUCGGACGAAAGUGAUAUGGUUCGAUUGGCGGCGGCCGAAGGACUGGCAACUCUUCUUAAAAAUAUUGAUAAGUCGAUUCUGGCUAGAGACUACGGUGGUGAAGUGCGAGACUUGCAUCGUGUUGUAAAACAUUUAUAUGCGAGGACAGAGAAUCAACGGCUUCAAUAUCACCUUCAAGAAGUUUUGUUUGCUCUAGGAGAUCUCGCUAAGAAGCUUCUUCGUGGAAGAGGGAUCGAUAAGCAUUGUAGUUCCCGAAUGCGAGAAAUGAGAUUGUGAUCGUAGAUUAUUCAAGGUUUGAACUUACAAGAAUCUCUUUCGUACAAAAGAAUUUCAUUGUAUAUUUGCUUCUUUGUCGGAGUCAUUAUUUUUACUGCAAGAAAUAGAGUUAACUAGAACUUCCAGGAAAAUGAACGAUUUUCAAUAUAUAUCUCUGACAGUCUUAGAUAACCAUAUUUUAUUUUAUGUAUCAUUCGAUCUCGGUCGCCAGGCAUUUCACAAUGCCAAAAUAAGGACAACAUAGGUCGACAAUAGAGCGACAAAAUGUACAAAAAUCGCCACUUGUGUUCAGUUACUAUACAGGUAAUCUAAAGUUAAAGCAACUAAAACUUUUUUAAGGCCAUGUCUUAAGCCAAAGGACAUAUCUGCGAUGAUUUAUGAAGACAUAGAACAUGUAAAUUCAAUGCCGAUACAAAGUAUUGAAAAGUAAAAGAAAAAGAUAAAGUGUCAGUUAUAGCUACCGUCUAUUAUUUUAUCAUCAAUAAUACGAACCAAUCCAGCAUCCAGAUAGCAAGCAACGUUUGUCGAGGAGUCCACGCACGUAUCAUCGAUUACUUCGCGCCUUCUCUUCCCUAUUUCAGCAUUGUACAUUGUUCCGUCUUUUAUAUACAUGUAGGUAAAUUACUAUUUCAUAACACUAUGCUUAUAUAUAUGCUUUCCAUUACGCAGGCGUUCAGGUUCGCUAGAAACUCUGGAGUAUGCCAGAGAACAAGUGUAGUUGUGUAUUCAUGUGCAGGUGUUGUUUUUUAUAAUUUUAUACCACUGCGAAUGAUCACUACGUGUAUCAUUAGCGUCAAGAAUGAUAUUCUGUUUUGUAGAUUAGUGAUAGAGAUAAAAACAAUAACACUAGAUAGCACGAGACGCAAAUGGAAGUAUGCCAAUCUUUAAGGGUUAAAAUAAAAUUCGUCUUUGUUCGGUACGUUUCGUACGAUUUCAGUUUGUCACAUUGUCAGUUGACGAACUUAUUUACCUACAUGAAAUAAGAGUCUGUAUGCAGUAACUGAGAAUAAUGGAUGCACAUGUUUCUGGAAUUUUCCUUUAAUUUCUCUUCAUUAUCUGUUCUAUUCGGGUGCUGAUUUCUCGAUGUCCAUAGCGUGCAAUACUUACCCAUUCAGCUAAUUCGGAACCUGCGCUCACAUCGCGGCUCGCUAAUCAUUUCCCACGCUGUUGUAUCGCUUCACUGAUCAAUAUAAUCUAUCUAACCUGAAUGAAAUAGAGUAGCUCUUUCUGAUAAAAUUGUGCGCGUUUGAAAGAUUGUGUCGCACUUUGACUUCCUGCUUAUAUGACCGGCUUGGUUUACAACUACAGCUAUUGGAAUGUGCUCUCUCUCUCUCUCUCUCUCUCUCUCUCUCUCUAUAUAUAUAUAUAUAUAUAUAUAUAUAUAUAUUGUAUAUUACAUGCAAACCCAGCACACUGGGAAGUGAAAUAACUUUUAAACCAGUUGGGCUAUAACGGUGAUCUUUUAGUACGCGUUAGAGAUACUCUCCUUUAUAUUUUACACACCACUCUGCCAGUUUUUGGAUAGCUCCGCUCGCUUUCCCGUAUACAGUGUCUCUAUUUAUGGUUUCUCGAAGCAAAGUUAAUAUUCUAGUACGCUUGUCUACCAGUUUCCCUCUUUAAGGCAGAUAGGAUCCCGUAAUUACACAAACAUAGAUCAGGAAAAUAAACGGGUUAAUGUGAACGUUGCAAAUUUCAUUGAUCAAUCCAGAAAGUGAUUGAGGCAUAUCGAUGGAAUCUAGUAAUUAGAAUGCAUGUUUUCAAUUUCCAUCGUAACAGCCCAUAGCAGAUGCAUUCAUUUUUGGCGAGUAUAUUAUAAUAGCAAAUACCCCUGAUGUUCAUUCCAAGUACUACCAUCACCUUAUGUCCAAACCUAUUGGCAAUGUCAUUGAACUCGAUUUUUUUUGUCCAGGACGAGGCCGUUUUUUAUGGCUGAUCGCUCUUCAACUGCUAGUGAAGAUGGGAUGCUUCGUUUAGAGCGACUGUUUGCUGCAGGUGGUUUUUUUUAAGUCCCGCAAAAUGCACGUGGAAUACACCACAUAUAUUUCCAACUGACCUGGAUUUAAUCCACGAGGGGUGUAUUUUAUGAUCAGUUAAUGCACUUGCAGGAUUUGAAUUAGAAUUCUAUAAAAAGUUCUAUGUGGAAUGCUAGCUUUGGCCGACAGAUUGCCUUUGACUCUAAAUUCUUCCUUGCCCUUCGGCUCUCGAUAAUUCGAUUUUCGAUACUGCGAUCUGCGUCUUUGAGAGCUUACACAAUUUACAUCCUGUGCUGAAAACUAGGACACUUUCAGGUCUUUCGUAGUUCCAAAAUUAUUUAAUUUUAAGGUUUGCCAGCUUUA